CACUAACUAUUUUUAUUAAUUAAUGUAUCCUCUUCUUUAUUAAAAAGAAUUAAAUUGUACUUCUUCUUCUUCUUCUUUUCACGUAAAAUAUUCUCUGUUUAUCUCCUCUCCAUUAAAAGAGAAACAAUGAAGAAAAUUCUUCAUUCACUCUUAAUAGGAUAACACAAAAGAUCACGGAGAAACAGAAGCAAUAUUUUCAUAUCAAUAUUCUCUUUUCCAAAACAAUUUUCAGAGAGAUAUUAACACAGAUUUAGAUCUGACUAAUUUUCUUUCCAAUUUCUCCAAUUCAAAGUCAGUUGUUUGAUCCAUAACUGAAUUUGUAACACAAUGGUAGUGUGUCUGAUUCCAUAUAAGAAAGAUGCGAGUCCGAUUCAAUUCGGGUCAUAUUUUUUUUCUAACAGGUUGAAACUAGAAACUCAUGUCAAAGGUUAUGUUAGAAUUUCUUGGAUGUAUUGGUUUAAGAAGAUUUUAUAUCACCAAGUUGGUCUUGUUUACGUGCUUACUAAACUUGUGACUAAUGUCUCCCAGGCCUUUCUUGAUUUUUAUGUGAUAAAUGACCUGCAGAUGCGUCUAUCUUCAAAAGCUUUGCCGAUAGAGGCAAGAUCAACCAAUAAAAGUGACAACUGUUGAAGUUCAUUAUAAUUGUAUUAGAUGAUUGAUUGACAAUUGUUGGUUGGACUAAAUAUUAGAACAAAUCAAAGUAAUCAUAGUGACAAUUGUUGAAGUCAUUGUAAUCGUAUUAGAUAAUCGAUUGAUAAUUAUUGGUUGGACCAAAUGUUAGAAUGGUUGGAGUGAAUGGCGUUCUAUUUUAGUUGGUAAAACUA